UGCAACUCCUUCAGUUUUAUACAAAAAGACAGUCGGAGAGUACCACAGUGAACGAGUGUAUUAUCGGAUCUUUACACUAGCAAGCAAAUAUGUUCGGAGUUUGGAAGUCGUUCUUGAUUUUCUUGCUCCUGACAUUCUCUGCAUCUGGUGUUGAAUCAGCAAUCCACGCCAUUUCGAUGUCCAGAGCUAAUGGACAUCUGCUGUCGAGUCAUUCACUACACCAUUCACCAGUGAGGGGUUUGACAGAUUGUGUAGAACUUUGUUUGCAUCAUUUUGAAGAAUGUUCCUCUAUAGCUUACGAUAGAGACAGACAAAUGUGUGACGUAUUCGCCAGUAAAUCUCGAUAUCAACUAGUCACACUGAUGUUCCCAACGAAUGUACUGUUGUACACGACACCAACGACGUAUCGCGAUUGCACAGACGUCAAGCAACGAAUGAGUGGUAAAAGUGGUGUUUAUGAAAUUAUGCCAUGCUCGUCAUGCAACGCGUUUCUUGCUUAUUGUGACAUGGACACUGAUGGUAAAGCUUGGACAGUAUUUCAGCGUCGACAAGAUGGCUCUGUAGAUUUCAACCAAAACUGGAAAACUUAUGCGUCUGGAUUUGGUAAGUUAAGUGGCGAGUUUUGGCUCGGAAACAAGAAAAUCCACAAAAUUACGUCGUCAGCAAAGUAUGAAUUUCGAAUAGAUAUGGUAGCUACAGAUUACAGCACUUAUCACGUCACCUACGAGUCAAUUGAGAUUGAAAGUGCAGCUGAAAACUUCAGAUUGAACAUUGGAGAGUACAUUGAAGCAAAUUCAACUGCCGCCGAAGGAUUUUCCAGUACCCAAUUAACCACACAGUCCAACAAUGGCAUGAGCUUCUCUACAGUGGACCGAGAUAACGAUAAUAUCGGCGAAAAUGCCUGCAGUAUUAGUUAUAAUUGUGGUUGGUGGUUCAACGCUUGUUACAUUUCUAAUCUUAAUGGUCUAUAUGAAUCGGGAAUUAUCUGGGACCAUGGAGGAAACCACUAUAUUUUACGAUUCUCAGAAAUGAAAAUGCGAAGAGUUGACUGAGGACAAAAAACAGCGCAUUAUUAUGCCUUGCCUUUUAUAAUGUUUAUAUUUGUAUGAUUUUAAAUAACAGUGAGCUGUUGGUAGAUUACGCUAGUUUACGUAUCUACUAGUAAUGUACUCUUUAGAUGUGUUGACCAUUUGCCCACAAUGGCACGAAGAAUAAGGGGGAAGCAUACAUAGCAGCGUUUAAACUACAUUUUCCAACGACAAUGGAGAAACAUCAGAUGUAAAUUAAUUUAAUAAUUUUGUGCUUUGUUAUGAAAUAUUUCUGUGGUUAGUUUAAGUAAAAUAGGCCUAUACCCUUAACUUAGCAGGAAUUCCAUUUCUUUGGUAAUGGUAAAAUCCAACAAAGUUUCCACUGACGGACCGUCAAGGGCAGCAAGGCACACACUACUAUCUUAUCUAGAAAUACUCCCAAGACAAUGUGUUUACUCUGUGUUAGCCUUCCCCUUCCUCGUUUUAUUUUUCUUAAGUAUAUAAAACUAAUAUACAAGAUAAUUGCUGGCAUUGUAGAAGAAAGAGUCAAUUUUUAAUGCAAAAAAACUUGAACAUGCAUUACUUCCUUUUAUAUAAGCAUGAGUUACUUCGAAUCAAAGAUUUAUAUGAUUAUAGUAUUGGGAUAUUUUGUUUGAAAUUAAAAAUGGAAGGAUACCUAUAUCCAUUUCACAACACAUUGCCAUGAACUCACAAAUCCAUGCUUAUGCAGCACGUCGAUCAUAAUCAUACGAUAUUCCAUCAUGUAGGCUCACAAAACGACAAAACACAGUUUUCUUUUAUUAUGGACCUAAAAUACUGGCUAUCAUCUUAUUCUAUUACAAAUAUCAAAUUUUAACAUCAAGCUGUGAAAGAAACAAUUUUAAACUCGCACAGUACACAGACACUUAAUAUCACUAUAUGAUCACCUUUUAGUACGGUAUAUAUUACAGUACGGUAAUGUUAUAUAUUGAUAUGUUGUAAUUCUACUGUCAUUGUUUACUUUAUUUAAUUAUAUUAUUUAUAUUUAUUUACUUAGUAGUACCAGACCUAUUAACAAGCUUUGCUUCUUGGUUUCUGGUACUCAUAUUGUAUAUUGUUAUGAACUAUGAAUUAUAUGAGUAAAAUAAAAUGGAUUUGAAUUUAAAAUUGUUCAAUUAUUA